GGGGGGAGGGAUAGGAUUGGAGAAGACAGACGUGCGACGAAGCAUGCCUACGAAAACUUAACAGCUCACUGACGGGUGACAGGACUUUAUGACAACUCUGACAUUAGCCACGGAGAACACUGGGCUCCGGAGCGGGGUGUCGCACCCAAGGUCAGGAGAAAGGCUGCGGGUGCAAACCGGGUCCGAUUUGCGGGAUCGGCAAAGAAGGGAGGAGACCCCCAAGGGGACUGCGGCGAGGAAGCCGCGGGGAACAGCCUGGGGUCGAGGUCCGAGCGCCGUACGCACUGCACUCACCCGAGGCCCGGGCGGGGUCGCCCAGUGCGGCGGCUCCUCGCGGCCGGCGGCUGCAGCGGCGCGGGUGGCGACGCAUCAUGCGACCGCGCUCAUGGCCGGGCCGGGUGGACCCGGAUCCGCUCGGUUCCGCUCGGCUCGGUCCGGCCGGGCCGGUAUACCGGAGGCAGCAGCCCAGCAGAAGCGGGAGCCCAACGCCACGGCCUGGACAGCGGAGUGGAACGACCCCGGAACUGGACACGGCGAGGUCAAGGCGCAGCUUCUGCGUACUUCCGGCCGCGACACCCGGGGCUUCCGGGAGAAGGUUCGUGAGGACACUGGCGGUUUCUCCCGCUACCGAUCUUCCAAAAACCUAGCUGUUCUUGGAGAAGAGACAGCACUUACGACAAGACUGCUGAACCAAGAUCUCCGAGAAAGGUGUCCCGGAAGAGAAAAGCCGGCGCCUACGGGCCGCCGCGAGGGCCACGCUGCGUCGCAAUUCGUGCGACUUCGCGUGAAAACGUUUCCCAUGGCAUCAUAGAUCUAGCAAGUGGAGACUCAGAUCCUCUCUCAAGACUGGCCUGUGCCAGGUGGAGGAUGGAGAACUACAGAGAUGGAGGACGAACACACGGGAGUGUAAACCGCUGACCCAGAGGGCGUUUGGGUGCCCGUGGAAGUGCCCUGGACUGGGGACGGUGCGCCUGGGUUCGGGCCUGCACAGCUCCACGCUCUGGUUGCUGGAGCAUCGUUGCAACCCCUUCCUGAUGACGGCCCUGAGAUUUGCAGAGCUCAGAGAACAGCUUGUGAGAGUUGGUCCUCUCCAUCCACCACGUGGAACCCAGAGCUCGAACUCGGGUCAUCAGGCUUGGCAGGAG